AUGCGACUUGGUAUUGUUUGUGUGGCACUUGUCUCGGCCUAUCUACCAGUGCAUACGGUAGCCAGUGAGGUAGAUGACCUCGCCGCACAGGGUCUUGAAAUUCGCAGAGCUUAUGAUGCCGAAAUUGGUGGCGAAGGAACUUGCGAUUUCGAGAACACUGCUGUCAGGAGGGAAUGGAAUACAUUGACAGCGGAUGAAAAGAAGGAAUAUAUCAACGCCGUCCUGUGCUUGCAGGAGCUAGAGUCGAUUUGGCCACGGAGUGAAGUCCCCGGUGUAAGAUCCAGAUUCGACGACUUUGUCGCCCUGCAUAUACAACAGGCUCGCUUGGUUCACUUUACAGCUAGUUUCCUUGGAUGGCAUCGGUACUAUUUAUGGACCUAUGAGGAGGCCUUGCGAAACGAGUGCGGUUAUACAGGAUAUCAUCCAUACUGGAACUGGGCUGAGUAUGCAGAGGACCCCGUCAGCAACCCAAUGUUCGAUGGCUCUGAAACGAGUUUGUCUGGGAACGAUCCCGUGACCGAUUUCAUCGGCGUGCAUGGCGGUGGGCAUUUCAUUACCAGCGGUGACCCAGGCGGAGAUUUCUACAUCUCCCCGGGCGACCCGGUCUUCUACCUCCAUCACUCCCAAAUCGACCGGAUAUGGUGGAUCUGGCAGAACCUGGACCCAGCAAAUCGCCUGCACGCAGUGGCCGGCGAUACGGAGAUGUAUAAUCCUUCGUCGCGAAACGGAACCGCAGACGACCUGGUUGAUUUAGGGUAUCUGGGUGAUGAGUGCAGGCUGGGAGAUUUGCUCAGCGCAACUGGUGGUCCAUUUUGCUAUAUCUAUCAGUAA